AUGGCAACUAUAUCAAAAGAAAGUCUAGCACAAUUUUGGUUAAAUACAUUUCCAGUAUCAUAUAAUUAUGAAUAUAUAUCAUUUUCGGAUACGACAAUUGUUCAAAAUCUUUUAGAAUUUAUUUCGGAUAAAAAUGAAGAUCAGAAAAUUUUUAAUAUUAUUAAUAAUUAUAUUCAAGAAAUAAAAUCGAAUAAAAUUAUUAAAACAAUCAUACCUGAAAAAAUUUCUUCUAAACGUCAACGAUCAACAAAAAAUACUUUAAUAAAUAAUAUUGAUUCAAAUCAUUUACGAUUUACUGUUCAUAUUGAUGUUAUAGAAAAUAUAGAUUAUGAUGAUGCUGAUAUGUCAACAAUAAAUGAUACAAAAAUUGAAGAUCGUACAAUAGAAAAUUUAUCAUCAAUUCUCAAUGAAACAGAUUCGAAUAUUAUUUCAAAACGUUUUCAUUCAUUAAUUUAUCCAUGGCUUAUUGAUGUUUCAUUUAAUAUUUCUAAUGAUAUUUUUUCAAUUAUAGUUGAAUUAAUGAAUAAAUAUUCCGAAGAAUUUUUUCUUCAAUGUUUUAUUCCAUGGCUUAAUAAUAUUUCAAUAGAUAAUAUGAAUUUAUUUCUUUCAAAUCUUUUUACUCAAUUAAUAAAUUUAUCUGAUCGUUGUAAAUUAUGUACAUAUUUAUGUCAAAAUAGUACAUCUCCAUUUAAUGAUAAUGAAUUAUGUAUAAUAAGUAAAUGGUUUGAUAGUAAAGAAUUUUAUUUUUCAAAUGAUUUAUUAAAUAUUUUACCUGAAAAAAUUGCAAUAUCAGCAAAAAUUUUUUCAGAUAAUUUAUCAUUUGCUAAAAUUCUACAUAAAAUUUUAAUUAAAUGUAUAGAAAAUAAUCAUAUUAUAACUAAUGAACAACGUUUAAUAUUUAAACAAGCUAUUAUAAUAAAUACAACAAUACUUAGUGAUAUUCUUAUGGAUUUACUUGAUUGA